AUGAAAUUUGGACGCAACUUGCCCCGCAAUGUUGUUCCGGAAUGGAGCGCGAACUACAUUCAUUACAAGGACUUGAAACGGCUCAUUAAAGCCUCGGCGGAGAACGUAAAGGCUGGCCAUGAGGCCGAUCUUACAGGAUUUUUUUAUGCGCUCGAUCGAAACCUCGAGGAUGUCAACUACUUCUAUAACAAGAAAUACACCGACUUUGCGCGCCGCAUGAAGAUUCUGGAAGAGCGAUACGGUCCGUCACUGGAUGGCCGCCAGCGCCUGGAUUCCGAGGAAGUUGAGGAUCUUUUGGCGGCUCUGCUCGAGCUACGUGGUCAAUGGCGCAAACUCCAGUGGUACGGAGAAGUCAAUCGGCGGGGCUUCAUCAAGAUCACCAAGAAGCUGGACAAGAAAGUCGGCGUUCAGACACAGCAGAAGUACCUAGAGACGAAAGUCGACCCACUGCUCUUCGCGUCGAAUCCGGAUAUAACCAAUGCUCUGAAAACCAUCAACGACCGCUUGUCGAUUCUUGGGGAACAGAAGAUCAACGAUGAUGCCAGCUCUACACACUCGUCCCUGUCAUUCAAGGCAGGCCGAUCACGCCCCCAUCUGAAUCUGCCAUCCAGUAUGCUUCAGGCUGUUGACGAAGCUUUGCGCAAAAAUGAUACUCACGUUCUACUGGAGUUACUCGAAACCUUGAAGGUGGCUGCGGAUGACUCGGGAGAACACAUCUGGCCCAAAGUCCUUCAAAGUCUCCUCCAGCGAUCCAUCUACUAUCGCGCGAACGCUUGCAUCACAGUGUUGCUGAACCGCAUGGACACGCUGGACGAAGAGGACGAUAUCAACAAACGUAACUGUAUCCAUCGAUUGGUGAUCUCGAUCGGUCGAGCGCAACCCACCAACGAUUCGGAGCAGUCUGCUUCCAUGGUCCUUGACUUCCCCUUGGAAACAUCGAAUUACAUCACUCCUGCUGCUAUGCCUACUCUCCAAGCGCCUCGUUCGGUUGUGAAAGAGGACGAGUUCCCUCAGCAUCUGGAGAGAUCUGAUCCAUCGGUGUCGCUGCUGCAGCAUAUACUAGAUCAGCUUCACCCUACCCAGCGCAAAGCCCUGCUUGCGAAGGAUAUCUCCGGGCGUACCCCGCUGCACUACGCAGCACAAUAUGGAUUCAAGGUUGUGUGCGAAGUCAUUAUUGAGCACCUGCAGGCGUGGGAUAUGUUCGAUGUCACCGAGGGAAUCGAUGGCCCACGUUGGCAGGACAAUGAUGGCUGGGCUCCGUUGCAUCUGAGUGUUGUGGGCGGCCAUCCCUUGACUACGAAAUAUCUCCUUGAGUCCGAAAACUGGCAUGGGGCCAAUAAAGACAAAGCCAAAAUCCGCAAACAAGUCUCGCGCUCGAGUGCUGUGCUGGCUUUGGCGACCAAAGCAAACUUUGUCGACAUUGUACGCCUUCUGGUUGAGGCCGGAGUGGACAUCAAUUAUCAGGACGACCACGGCGAAACCGCACUGCAUGUCGCUGCCCGCUUUGGUCACCAUGAAUGCGCGGAAAUUCUGCUGCAGGGUAAUGCAGAACAGAAGGCCGACACGGAACUCGCUGAGAAGACGUAUGGGUGGACUCCACUGUUCAUCGCUUGCGUUGAUGGAGCUUUGAGAGUUGUGGAACUGCUGAUCGAAGCAGGCGCCGAACUCGAAAGGCUUGACUCUUCCGGUUGGACUGCCAAGGAGCAUGCGGCCUUGAGAGGCCAUCUCGAUAUCGCUCGAUGCCUUGCCAAAGUCACACCACCUCCCGAGAUCAGUGAAGCGGAGCCCGUCAUUCCCGUUCCAACCGUCUCGUCCGCUCCACCAUCUCCUCCACCAUCUUCUUUGUCUGACAGGCGGUCUAACGCACCUUCCAGCAAUACCUCGUUGCGCAAUGCAGAGCCUAUCAAGACUUUUGGCCAUCGGUAUCUCACGGAUGAGUCCAUGGUUCUGGUCAGCCUGGGCACUAUGGACAUGCGAAGCUCCAUCGAGGCUGUCAAUCUUGACCGAAUCCCCAUGGAGAGCGCUCAUUCCACCCAGCUCGACACUGCUUUGUCGAUUGUCGUUUCGGCUAGCGGGGCUCGAGGAGAACCUGAGAUUAUUGAUCUUCCUGUUCAGGACAACAUUUCGACUGAGCCCAUCGUUUUUCACGCCAAAGAUGCUUCCAAAGUCAGGCUCCUGUUUGAUCUAGUUCCUACCUACGCCGGCUCUAAGGACAAGAUUGUUGGACGGGGUGUUGCCUUGCUUUCGAGCAUCAAGCCCACACUUGGAUCCCACCGCAUCAACCUCAAAGGCGACUCUACAGUCCCUAUUGUUGCAGCAAACACACUAGAGGUGAUCGGCUCGGUCACAUUCAAUUUCCUAAUCAUUACGCCAUUUAAGCAUCCCAACAUGACAAUCACUGGGGACCGAACGUACUGGAAGAGUAUGAGCUCCACUAUGGUGAUUGGGCAUCGUGGUCUUGGUAAAAACUUUGCCAGCCGCAACUCAUUACAGCUUGGCGAGAACACUGUGCAGUCAUUCAUCGCUGCUGCUAAUCUGGGCGCCUCCUACGUCGAAUUCGACGUCCAGCUGACAAAGGACCAUGUACCUGUCAUUUACCAUGAUUUUCUUGUCAGCGAGACGGGAAUCGAUGCUCCUGUCCACACUCUCACGCUAGAACAAUUCCUCCAGGUGGGAGACAAUAAACCAGCCCGUCGUCCUGGCUCGCCACCACAGACUCCAGACGUUUUCGGCAAUGACAAGGGUUACUUCAAUCCUCGCCAGCGGUCGAUGUCUGUUGGUGGCUCGGAAUAUGACCCAUCCGAGCUGAACGAGAAGAUCAAGCACACCCGUGACUUCAAAAAGAAGGGCUUCAAAGGUAACAGUCGUGGCAACCAUAUUCAAGCGCCUUUCGCCACAUUGGAAGAAUUGUUCAAGAAGCUCCCUCAAUCCGUUGGAUUUAACAUCGAGCUGAAAUAUCCCAUGCUCCACGAAAGCGAGGAGGAGGAGAUGGACACGUAUGCAGUGGAGUUGAAUUCUUUUGUGGAUACUGUCCUUACUAAGGCCUACGACAUGGGUCAGGGACGCAACAUGAUCUUCUCCAGCUUCAACCCAGACGUCUGCUUGCUGCUUGCUUUCAAACAACCCUCUAUUCCCGUGCUCUUCUUGUCGGACUCCGGAGCGUCUCCUGUUGGCGACAUUCGUGCUAGCAGUCUGCAGGAAGCAAUCCGCUUUGCAUCCCGAUGGAACCUGCUCGGUGUUGUCUCACAGGCUGAGGCUCUUGUUCUGUGCCCUCGACUCGUUCGAGUGGUAAAGGAGUCUGGAUUGGUGUGUGUGUCGUAUGGAGCGAUCAACAAUGACCCGGCCAACGUCAAGCUCCAAGUUGCUGAGGGUAUCGAUGCGGUCAUUGUGGACUCGGUCCUCGCCAUCCGUAAAGGACUUACUGAGCAUGAAAGCAAACGCGGGACGCCGGGAGUCUCACCGCAGCCCAGUCCUUUGGCGCAGCCCACACCUAGUGCUCUCAAGGACUCGAUCAGAAUUCCCGUGCUGGACCAGACGGAGGAGAAGGACAACGGUCUUCACGUGAAGCCGGAGGCAAUUCUCUGAGCCAGCUUUCGAUGCUGAUUCAACAAGCGGCCAGCUGGACAUUUGGCCCGAUUAAUUACACAUAGAUUGCAUCUGGGAGAUCUUUCCCAUCUAGAACUCGAUGAUCGUUUACGUUUGUCCUUUAUGGACGGAUAGUGGGUAGUAGUAAGCUUCGCAUAGCUUGUUAGAUACUCCUACCGCGGUCCCGAUGGCACGAAAUAGCGAUAGACCGAUUUGGAUGCGACGACCCUGCCCUUUCGCGACCACAUCAGCACCUGUAGAUCCCCCGCUCGGCUUCCCCAUUCGAUCUCAGGUCACUACCGGAUAGUGAAGCCCCCAUCGACCCUGAUGUCCGCGCCAUUGAUCAUCCCGCUCGAGUCCUACCACGCCAUUAGUUGAUACUGACCACCCU